ACGUAUGGUGUGACUGUGUGUGAAAGAAUUUGUGUGGUGUGUGUUCUGGAGUUUGGGAAUGUGUUUUGUGUUAUUUUGUUUGAGCAGGUAUUUGUGAUGAUAGAUCUUGAGAAGAUCUUUCCGACACAACAAGAAUCGCUUCAAUCGGAGCAAGAACGCGAAAGCUAUGAAGAUUCAAAGUUCAUGAGCUUGCGUUACAAUUGCGGCGUAGCAGCAGCACUAUCACAAGGCAAUCUCCUCAAAUGAAUGGGGGAGAAGAGGAGGAGGAGGUGCAGCAAGGUGAUGAGCGUACACCGUCACUUCCGCCUCGUGCUACAAGUGCUCGCGGGAACCGAGCAGAUUUGCAGCAACGCCAUGAGAGCAUCCAAGUCCCUGCAGUAGAGGAGGAAGGAAGGGGGAGAAGGAGGACUCAGCCCCCCAAUAGGUUGAGCUAUGAACGGCUUGGAGGACCAGCCAACUCAACCUUGACCGGUUCGGCUCUCAUGCUAGGCGAUGAAGCGGAAGAUGAAAGCGAGGAGUGCGCUUUUGCCUUCUUCUCUCCGGUGGAGAUACCGGGGGAGCCUACAAAUCCCAAGGAGGCUUGGGAGGGCCCCAAUGGGAAGGAGUGGAAGAAGGCCUCAGAUGAAGAGAUGGGGAGCAUCAUCGAGAACGACACGUUUGACUUGGUGAACCUACCUCCGGGGCGUAAGGCGAUCUCUUCCAAGUGGCUCUUCAAGCGCAAGACCGACGCCGACGGCAACAUUGAGCGCUACAAGAGCAGACUUGUAGCCAAGGGGUACCAGCAGCAGGAGAAGAAGGACUACAAUGAAGUAUAUGCUCCUGUGGUGAAGGGUACAACCCUUCGAACCCUCUUCGCCGCGGCGGCCAUCAAAGGAUGGGUGGUGAAGCAAAUGGAUAUCGUAACGGCCUUCCUCAACGGAGUUUUGGAGGAAGAGACCUACAUGGAGCAGCCAGAGGGGUACAAUGAUGGGAGUGGCAGAGUGUGGAAGCUGAAGAUAGCACUCUAUGGCCUCAAGCAAGCCCCUAGGCAAUGGUACAUCAAGCUGCGGAAAGUCUUGGAGGCGAUCGGUUUCACUCCCUAUUGUUUUUUGUGAUGAUAGAUCUUGAGAAGAUCUUUCCGACGCAACGAGAAUCCCUUCAAUCGGAGCAAGAACGCGAAAGCUAUGAAGAUUCAAAGUUCAUGAGCUUGCGUUACAAUUGCGGCGGUUACAAAGUGAAGUUGUGGGGUGACUCUAUAUGGAGUUGGGACCUUUGGGGGUUUGGGAAAUUUGUCACUCUACUGUAACAGCUGCAAAUUGGUUGGGAACAACCAAGCUAGGUUGGCAAGGGUGGCCAACUUGGAUGGAUUGGUUGGGAAGGGACAAAGGUCAAAGUUGAGGUUCCUAUAGGGAGGGAAUCUUUGUGCUUAUGGGGUUUCCUUGGUUGGGGACUCUCUUGGGACCUUCCCUCUCGUCCCUCUCUUUCUAUCCCAACCUUUCUCUUGCU